UAUGCUAUUACUCAAGUUGCCGGUCUUGCUGCCAACUCGUGCUCCAUCUUCACAUCCGUUCAACAGCCUGCGAAAGCUUUGCAGCUCUUGGAAUUCAGCCGCGGCCUGAUUCUAGGUUACUUAAUUGAUAAUCUUACCGAUCCGGAUCAACUCCGUAUGGAUUAUCCACACCUGGCUACUGAGAGCAUUGAGUUGAGGCAAAAUGUCCCCUUUCAACUUGAAAAAUGUCUCGCUGGUAUUCGUCAACAACCGGGCUAUGAGAGGUUCCUCUUAAAGCCGCCAGUUGAGGAACUUGUUGCCCAGGCUACUCAUGGUCCUCUUGUAACAAUCAACAUGACUGAUAUCGGCAGUCAUGCUAUUUUUUCCCUUGCGUGGCUGUGGAACCACUGUGUGAAGCCCGUCUUGGACUCUCUUGCAAAUCACCGACACGACGUACCGGAAGCAGAUUCCUUGCCUCGCAUCUGGUGGAUUGGUGCCGGUGCGGCCAGCUCACUUCCGUUUCAUGCGGCUGGUAUUUAUGAUCGUCCAGGUCAGAGUACUGUUGACUAUGCGAUCUCCUCGUAUACACCUACUAUCAAAGCUCUGGCCUAUUCACGAUCCUGUCUGGCCAAAAUCCAACCUCGGGACAGCCCAAAGUCUGUGCUUAUUGUGGCGAUGCCGGAAACCCCACACCAAUCGUCACUUCCAGGGGUAGAGAAGGAGAUUGAAGCUAUUCAGCAAGCUGCUGGCUCAGCGUAUACUGUUCGACUACAGCAGCACCCCGGAUCUGAAGAUGUACUGCAGGCAAUGCAAGAGACCGAUGUUAUACAUUUUGCCUGUCACGGGUGCUGUGAUCCUGUCAACCUAUCCGAGAGCCAUCUUCUUCUUUAUAGGAAGGAUUCAUCUGGUGCUUCGGUCGACCGGAUUAUUGUUAAACAGAUCUCGAAUCAAGCGAUGAGCCAAGCGCGGAUAGCCUUCCUAUCGGCUUGCUCUACGGCCCAGGUCAGUGCCCGUAAAUUUAGCGACGAAUCCAUUCACCUGGCCAGCGCAUUUCAGGUCGCCGGGUUCGGACACGUGAUCGCGUCGCUGUGGGCGGCGGAUGACACGAUCUGCGCGACUGUUGCAAAAGCUUUCUAUCACUAUCUGGCUCAAGACCCAGCGACGUCGUUCUCUGACCGCUCGGUAGCCGAAGCUCUGCAUGCGGCGGUGGUGGAGGUCCGGAAGACCGAACGACACAGUAUCUGGGCUUCCUUCGUGCACUUCGGCGCUUAA